CGCGGCGAGUCACGCCAGUCUUUGCGAAGCUUGUCAAAUUUUACCAUUUUUGACAAAAAACUUGGAUUUACAGUGAAAUAUUGUUGGAUACUUCGAUAAGAGAGCGAGAUUCAUGAUGUACCAGCCAUCUCCGGUUAUUAUGCGGACGAAAAGAGUCCGAGAGAAGUCAUCGUCGAAAAGCGCCAUUUGGCCAUACGGGUCGGACUAUGAUAGUUCGGACGAACACAGCCGUGAUUUUGACAGCAAUGAUCAAAAUGCUAAGAAACGUCGAGGUAACCUUCCCAAGGAAUCGGUCAAAGUGCUGAAGAACUGGCUGUACGACCAUCGAUACAACGCUUACCCCAAUGACCAGGAGAAGUUAGAACUGGCCGCGAAAGCCAAUUUGACGGUGCUGCAAGUCUGUAACUGGUUCAUCAACGCACGCAGGAGGAUACUGCCAGAGAUGAUCAAGCGUGAGGGACAGGACCCUCUUCAGUUCACGAUAACACGGAAACACAAGCAGCCACCGCCCAUGAGGAAGAGUCUGAAUGGAGCGAAACGUGUACGGACAAUGUCUGGUUCAAGUGAAGACCAAUACUUCCCUGAACGUCUUGGGAUGGGCUACUAUCCCUCCAUGACGUCUAGUGUGAGUGACUACGUCAGUGACUAUUCAGAGACCGGUUCAUGCUCAAGUGACUAUAGUCAAGACAGUAAUCUGCCCCCGUCACCAUCUUCAAUGGACUCCGCUUAUCAUCAUGAUGAAACAGACAGCAGAGUAACAUCCCCUCAUUUCACCUCAGAGAAGUCACAACCAACUCCAUCACAAAGCUCUCCUUCCACGAACUCUUCAGCUCCGAGAGAUUCAGUAUUCAGUUCAUUCAAUAUUCUUGUUGACGUGGCCAUGAGGCAGCUCGAGGUGUUGGAGUCGGAGAAGCGGUUACAGCAACAGCAUAUGCAACAAGUGCAAGCUUGUUAGAACUCAAACAGUGCAUUUCCAUCAUGUCGUCUUUUCAUACGAACCAACCAUACUUAAACAUUGUGUAAAUAUACUCAACACCGGCGUGGGAUUCGAGAGCCCAACCCAACAAACGUUAUUUGGUCAAUAUGCCCUCCCUUUUCCAAGUCUUUUGGCUAAUAUUGAUUCUGUGAGGUGUAGAUGCGGACUUUAAUUAGCAUUUCGUUGGGAACAAAGGAUGCUCGAUACCUGUAGUAAGUUGUGAGUUGAGGUGAAACCGAUCUGCAUUGAUCUCGAUUUUGCUGUGAGGUUAGGAACAUUCACUGGAAUCAAUGACUCAACCAAUAAGGUAUUGAUCGAACCUGCACAGAGACAAUGAAGACGCAUACUCUGCUGAUAUUACAGCCUGCUGUCAUCACCAUGGAGAAUGAUAAACAACAUUGACCAAUCGGAGUAUGGUAUUGUUUCUAAUGAGUAGAUAGAUAUUCUCAGGUUUUAGUCAUCCAGGGUUUGGUUCCAUGAAUCUUGCAUGUUCCAUGUGUUACAAUACGUGGCUGAUGAAAUGCCAAUGUCACAUCAUCUUCUAAAUAUAACAUGUGACACUGACACUAGCUUGUCAAAUCCUAAAACGUCCGCCUGUCUUCAGAAUCUGCAAGAUGUUGCAUUAGUAUUGUGUUGCACAACCAAUCACUGCCUUCCCACGUCUCAUCAUCUUGACGAAAUCAGGGGUGAGGUUCGCUCUCCGGCCCUCCCAUGUGUGGGGGCCGGAGAACCGAACAUUACCCCUAAUUUCCUCAGGAUAUCUUCUGAGGUUCGUGGAACCAUGCCCUCACGUUGACACCAGUUGAAGCCAGCGUAUCUCUUCCUUCAGGCAGAUAGAUGUACAUGGCUAGUGCUUCCUAUCUUCGUCAGAAGAUGACAAUGGGUAAUCUGCUAGCAUUUGAUGCUAUUCUCUCCAAGAGCGACACUUUGCAUAACGUGUCGUCAAUGAAUUACUGAAUGGUCCAAAAUAGUACAAUAGUUCUUUAGCUCCGAGCAUGGAGGUUUUGUUACCAAGGGUGGUUCUUUAUUAUGUCCAUCAGUUUGUGACGAACCAAUGUACUGAGUGAAGGUGUUACCGGUAUAUAAGACUUGGGCACCAACUUUGACUUAGGGAAACUGCUUCAUUUGACAGAUCUUUCUGAUUAUUUCCACAACUCUUGUCACAUCCUCGUUGAAAUCCCAGCCGAGUGUAGCAUGCUGUGCGUACUGAUGUUACCUUUGGAAACACUACACAUGUUCCAAACCGCUCAUGCCUCGAUUCUUUUGUAAAAGGUGUGUAUUCGCGCCAAAUGUUGGAAUUUGUGUAUUCAGGAGACCAUUUGUACAUUGUGUACAAUACCUACUGCACAUGUUAAUCCAAUGUUCUUUGUGCAAGCUGGUCAAGGCAUACUCAGUAGCUUAACGGUCUAAUACUGGUCUUUGUCACCGGGUUUCGAGCGUUAAUUCGGUAGAAUGGUCAACCAAAACUCAACCUGAAUCAUGAGCACCGUUCAUUUGAAUCAUGAACUUCGUGAUGAUGUACACUUUUUACAUAGCAGUCAUGCUGUCAUGACUAAGUCGGCCAUUACUCUCCUGAUCAUGUACAACACCUCUAUACAUGGUAGACGCUGAGCAAUACAUGAGCAAUGAUAGAUGAUACCGAGUCAAAACAUUAGCUUAAUAUGACUGCUAUAUCGGGUAAUUCCAUGCAUUUAGCUAGCAUUGGCUAGCAGCAGCUUUGGUUAUUGGAGAUGUUUGGGCUGGUUCAAAACAAGGCGAUUAUCAUAUCAUAUAUACUGAGUUAUGGGUGGACUCUGAUGGUAUCUGCUCCCGAAUGCUAAAUGUACCAUUGACCCAAUACCGGGGGAUCAUGCUAUCUGUCUCCGGGCUGUUUCCCUAUAGCUAUGUCAGUUACUUAGUGCAAGACGCCAUUUUUCAGUUGAAUGCAUUUAAUUUUCAUGUUUUUACCUGUUCAUCGAUAGAUGGUAAUAGUAUGAGUCAAUUUGACCCACUAAUCCAAACUGGUGCUAAGUCUGAUGCAACCAAUAAGUCUGCAGUAUUUAACCAACACCACAGGUACAGUGCCUUGGCACUAAGGUUGAAUGAUUACCAAUAUCAUUGGUGUGAAAUAAGUCUUCCAAAUCCUAAAUAUCGUGUUUUUAUUGGCGAUAUUGCAUCAAAUGCCAAUGGUCCUUUCUUUGUCAUUAUGUGCUAUAGAAGUUAACGAUUGCUGAGCUGUCCCUCACAGUUCCACAGCAAGCUUUCUGUCACAGAUGACGUUUCUCUCCUAAUUGUCAAUUGUCGAAUUAGCCAGUCUGUAAAUAAUGGGUUAAUACCUCCGUUCAAUUAUACUUUGUACAUAACGACAAAACUACUAAUAUUGUUUUAAUUUGUUCUUCGCCGGGGUAGCGUCCAUUGCCCGCAUAGUCCCCUGAACCCUUGAGCUGGUCGUUAUUCAUUAUCCCAUUUCCCCACAGUAUGCCAUCUUGUCCAAAUGGAUGUCCGCAUUGUGACGUAGUGACACAUCAAAUGUUGCGCAUCUCCCCACUUCAAAUGCGGGACGUUAGUGUCAUUGCGCCUGCGCUGGUUGUGUGCAGCUGUGUAUCCUUUUGUGAGAGGAGCAUUGCUUGCAGGCCCUGAGGCAGCUGAUUCAGCCUUGUUUUAAACAAUGCCGUCUGCCCGAGGGGGCUUUUGUGUAUGGCAGCAUCAACAGGUUUAGAGCUGUCAAAACGAGGUGUGGUGUCGUCCUAAGAUCAGCCUCCCUGUCAGUUGGCUGUCAGACUGUUGGAGAAUGUCUUUUCGAGAGUGAGGUAUGUUGAUACCAUCAUAAUAUAUUGUGAACUGCUUGCGUUAUGAAGGAAUCGCCACACUCUAAAGACACGAAAGGCUUCGAAGCCUCGCAAUGACACAUUCUCCUCUCUCAUAUUGUCGCUAUCUCCUGUUGUACCCGUUGUACCCGCUGAUAACAUUAUUUAGGAUCAAAAAUGUGAGUGACCUCCAUUCGCGCCCCUCGAUCAUCCUGCAUGGCCAAGUGGGCUGUCAUGACCGGCAAAUUGUUAUCUUUCCCGCCAUGAAUCGACACAAACAAUACUGGGUUAAACCUAUCAUAAUACAAUUGAUUUCAAACUAGGUCUGAUACGUUUGUUUGAUAUUAGUAUUGUAAUCAGAGUGUUCUAUAUUCACAAUGAAUUACAACUGUCAGUGUCAAACGACCAAGCAUGGGCUUGCCGUGAGAUUUGAAAAUCUCGCUCUAUUUCUGAUUUGGCCAUUGUUGGCUAAAUCUUCAUUACGAAGUUCCCGUCUCUUGCCUGGACAUGGCGCGUCACAAAAAAGGGUCAUUCACAAACAGCCAUAACAAAGGUUGUGCAAUUUAGGUUGUUGAGCUUUGGCGCUAAAAUUAGAGGUGAUUUCCAAGCGUAUUUUCUGUCCAAACCGCUCAGCUAACAGCCAAGGCAUAAGUUGUGACAAUGGCGAAGAUAAUACUAAAACACAUUCGCGCAUGCUACUGUGAUCGUUUGACCGUAGGCCCCAUUGCAGUGGCUCCUGGUGACUGAUCGCAGCAUGUGCACCUUGUCUUUGUCCUCGCGAAGGGUCUCCAGUCUUGGAUGUGCCAUAAAUCAUACCUGGAGAAGAAAAUCAACGGCCGAUCUUUUGAAGUCAUGGUGAUGGUGCCCUGUAACUGGUUUUAGUUACCACACCACACUACUUCAACACUGAUCCUUCCCAACUCGAACAAGUGCAACUCUCAAUAACCAGCCCCAGGCAACUCCAUUUUCAAUACCUUUUUGUUGAUGCAUGACUAAGUUAGGGGCCAUAUUUUAACUUUUAGACUCUGUAUACAUUGCAUGAAUAGGUUCAUGUCCCCUUUGAGGGAAUCUGGCCAUGUAUUGUGCCUUGUAAGGCGACAAUGCUGUUGGACAUUUUCACCUGUACAUGCUUCAAGCUAUGCCUGGAUGAUCAAGGAGAAUGCAUUCACCACAAAACUAUUGCACUCACCCAGCAGAGUUCAAACUGUCACCUUAUGCAUACUGGCUUCAUAUUGUGACAUUUCAAAAAGAGAUAAAAGUACAUUGACAUGCUGCAAUGUACAUGCUCCCAAAGGCUUCCCUUCAUGCCAAACCCACUUCCCAGCAUUCCGCCUUCCAAUAUAAUAUUUUUUUCUCAAUUCAUUCAAACUUUUCCCUCCACUUUGACAGUUCUCUCAAUGACGGUUCUGACCCACUUUCCCUUUCCUUUGUUGGCUGCAUACAAACUCCAAUGUUGCUACGAGUUCUGGCCGCCAUGCAUGCACGCCUUCGUAUCAUGCAGCUCAUUUAGUCCCACUUUUAUAUUUCAUUUUGUAAGAUUCUGAUUAAACAGUACAUUUUGGUGCUAAUAGCUUGGUGCUUGAUGGUAGCUGCCGAGGUAAUCAGGUGAUGGCUCUCAUUCGGACUGCCCUACAAUCUCCUAUCACAUUGCGGUAUGCACGAUGUUUAUUUUCAAAUACGGGGGUCAUGCUUGCGAAUUCAAGCGGGGCGAUUUAGUAUAAUUGUAAUUACAUAUGAUGGUAAUCAACAACCGACAUUUUCCGUUCAUUAGUGUCACUGACAUUAUUGGGACAUCCAAAGAGGCUUCUCAGAUUAUAAAAGUGUUAUGCAGUGCUAUCGAUUUAGAAAACUACACACAGAAACAUAAUGUAAACAGAAUAUUACAAAAUAAACUGUCAAAUGUAAAGUUGUAAAUGUCAGUGUUCUGGAGAAGUGUCAUGUUGAUAGCUUUUUAAUCGAGCAGAGAGACCGCUCACCUCCCAAACAGAUCUCGUCCUGGUCUUCAAUGUCGGUCAUUUUUUAGUCGGUGGAGUUGAAAGUCACGAUCAUCCUGCCAUAGAAACAGAAAACCAACUCAUGGUUUGUAAAUAGUAAAAUAGAUGGUCUAUUUUGUAAAGCUUUCGCAUUGUCAAAUGUCAGUGAAGAGUGUUAUCCUCGUUGCUGUCACCAAGUGAUGACAGUUGGGACGCAGUGGAGCGAUUCUGCCAGGUUAUUGUCCCGGGGUCGGUGUCACCCUGGGUAGGCGGCAUUGACCUCACCCGACCGCCUCGACGGGAAAUUCCAACACUUUGAAAAAAUGUUCACCAAACAAUAUUCCCAGGUUUUGUUUGGUUAGUUUUUAUCGUGGAUCUUUUUAUGAUUGUGAUAUUUGACAUGAGAUAAAAAUGGCCGCGAUUACACUAAAGUUCCCAGAAUUCUUUUGACAGUUCUGCCCACUCUAAAACACCUGUAGAAUUCCUUUCCCAUUGUCAAACUGGAGCUGUCAAAUUCAAACCGCCAAGUCCAGUGACGCGCACCGGGUAACAACCAAUCGCAAGCCAUGGUUAUGUAACUCGUAUGUAAUCAAAUGAUCGACUAUUAUCGACCUUGUUGUUUACAGGUUUGAAUUAACAAAGGGUCUAUUUAACAUGGCUUAACAACUCAGCAGUUCUAAAGUUGGCGGGUUGGCAGGUGCCUUUUGGCGGUCAUUACAUUAGAACACAUCCUUGUUUUGUCAUGUCGAAGCAAGACUUGGGGGAGACAGCAUGAAUGUAAAAUGUAACUUGGUUGUGACAUUCAUCGAGUACGUUAUUUGAAAUACCCCAGUCUGCAGAGCCUAAUGAUGGCGAGGAUUCCAUUUUGAUGUCAAUGACGUCACAAUGUGUCAUGUAGCUUCCGCGGUAACCGAGGCCCUGACUAUCUUUAUUGUUUACCCAGAUAAACCCGCACGAUAUCUAUCACGAGAUGGGACGAGACUUGUCAAAUCUCUUGUCUUGUUCUCUUUAUUGUCACAACAACGGACAAGUUUAAUGGCGACAUUAGACCAUGAAGCUCGAUCAGACAGGCGUCUUUUUUAUAUUUCUGUAUGUGCUGGGACUUGCAAAGGAUGCACACCGAAAUGAAUUGUGUGUUAUUAAAAGAAAACGCUUUUGCAAUGAGAAAAAGUAAGAAACUUGUCUCUUUGUGUCUAAAUUCCUUCUGACACUUGAGCAUUUUGACACAUUCAGUGUUUUUGGUAUGUGCUUCUUUGCAUGUCUACCGAGACCCCAAACUUAUGGUGUUCUUGGAGUUUCACCCUUCCUGCGCCAGAUUGCAAGAAAAACAUGACGGGGAUGUUAUGCUUUCUCCCAUUGGUUUUGUUCGCCCGGGAUGUUUCCAGAAAUCUCCUAUAAAUUGCUCCAAAAACACCACUAAUUGAAAUGCGUCGCUGUGGCGUUGGUCACAACCUGGGUGUGUAUAAAAUAGGGUCAUAUAUUAUUCCAGGUGACAUUUCUGCCCAAAGUUUUAGUAACAACAUCAGAAAGUUUCAACUCGGGUUAUUUUGACAAGUGCUGCAGAGAAACGCACUUUCUCACGUCGUAUGUUGGCUCUUCAUUGUGUUUUAUUUGGCAGGGCGAUGUUUGAAAGUUUGACAGCUCUUUCGAAUAACAGUUUGACAGAUAUCGAAUGUGUACUGUAUCACGUGUAUCUGUACACUGGGCUCAACGUCCCGCAUUUUCAAAUCCAUUUCAAUGAACUUCGUUGUUGCAUCGUCGUCAGAAAUUGCCCUUCAGAGUUUUUUCAUUGAAUGGAUGGUCCUCAUUUGAAUAUGGACGAGUGGCAUAUUUAACACAGUUUCCUUUGUACUGGAGACCUUUGUGUUGGAUGAUUUGGGGACCGUGCGGCCCUCCACUCGCAUUGAAUCCGCCCGUUCUUUCUGCUGUCAAGUCUCGGGGACACCAAACCUAUGUAGGUUGCUGACGGUGUCGUUUUCAAGUCGUGUUGAACUGCCAAGUAUUUCACAAGAGUUUAUGCAAUGAUAACCGUCCUUUCAUAUUAAAUGUAUAUAGGAGAUUAUUACGUUGUUUGUUCCCACGAUAAUAAGUAUUGAGUUGUCAAUGUUGAAAGUGACACUUCCAAGGUCGUGGCACAUAUUGUAGAGUUUCAUCCUUUUGAGUCCAUGUCAGUCAAAUCACAAAAUUACUUUAUGAAAAUAAAUGUAUAUUCUUACAUAGCACUUGUAACGGGACGUCUGCUCGUGACAGAUGACGCGGUCACAAGUAACGGUGACGUCACAUCCUUUCGAAAUGAAAUGCCCGAAUAUUGUAAAGUGGUGGCAGCGUCUUCCAGUAAAUGUAAGUGGUGCCAUCUCUCGGAUGCAUUGACGUACGGCUCUUGACCAAUUCCACACUGUUAUUUUCCAGUUCAAAGGUCUUUUUCCUUUAAUUUUCUUAAUCGUUUUCUGAUUGUCUCUAUUGUACUGAAUGUUGCGUCUUGUAAUUCACCCUGGAAAAGGUAUCUCUUUAUGUUCAUUAUUAACUGUCCAAGUUGCAUUUUAUGUGUUAUUGUUUUGUUGGCGAAGUUGUCGCCAUGCCUUUUCGGGUUUGACGAAUUUAUGCCCGGGCGGUACCUUCUUGGUGAAAUUAUCAAGCAAGGCACCCUCUAAUGAAGCUAGGGGCGAAAAGGUCAUGGUCAUAAUCAUAUCAAAAUGUGCAGCAGAAUUAUGGCGUUCAGGUGCCACUUGUGUUUUGUGUAAAAAAAUGGAAAGAUUAACUUUUGUAAAUAAAUUAAAAUGGUCAAAAUGUGACUAUAUUAAAAUUAUGCCAAAGACUUGGAAAAGUAUAUAAUUAUGAUGGCCGAAAAUUUUGUACAUUUUUUGUUUGUUUUUAUUUUGAAUUGUCAGAAGAGGUAUUUAGGAGUCAAAUUUUAUUGAUGUGUGUGGCUACAUUUCGAAUGUUCGUGUUAUGUUAGUACUUUUAUAGUUUUUGUAUAGACACGCAGUAAUAGCAUUGAUGUAAUGCACGGUGUGCAUGUGUGCACAUGUAUCCUCAUUUGAUUUUUAUCCUCUGGGUCGGUUUCUCAAAAGGAUGGGGGAAAUUACUAAAAUUACAGUUAUUAUCGUCAAAAAAUGUAAUCUGAAGAUGUUUCUGUCUCCCGUUUAGAACUACUAGAAACGAUUGAAUAUCUGACUUUGACUGACCGGCUCCUGGGCGUGUUCGUAGUAAUGUAGUGAAUGGAUGAGGAGGAUACCAUGAUACCUGGAGAAUCUUUUUGAAAUAGUAACACUGCAUUUAAACAGAGCUGAAAUGUUGACAUUUUGAAUUUAUUCGGGAAAUUUAUGACGAAAGAAGUAUAUACUUUUGUAAAUAAACAUGUAAUAUAUAUAUAUUGCCUGAAA